CCUCCGGUACCAAGUCAUUUUGAAUGGUGAAGGCCAAAUGGCACCUCAAUGAUUAACCUCAAUUCUUGAAUAUAAACUUCAACUAGCCAGAACAUAUUGCUAUGACAAUCAUUUCAUCACAAAAUAAAAAUGGCAAAAAAACUCAUACUCAUUUUCAUCAUUAGAUUUAUUAGCAUCAUUAGUCUUUUCACAAAAUCAAUUGCACAAUCACCAAAUUAUGUAGGUGAUGAUUGUCACAACUCAACCGAACAAUCUCUUACAGCUACAUACAAAUCUAACCUUAAUAAAGUCCUCUCACUUCUUUCCUCUGAUGCUAUUGUAAGUAAAGGAUAUAAUCAUACAAGCAUAGGAGAGAACACAAUUGAUGCUGUCUAUGGUCUCUAUGAUUGUAGAGGUGAUGUCACUGGAUCAUUUUGUCAAUUUUGUGUCUCUACUGCUGCUUCAGAUGUUCUUCAGCGCUGUCCUAAUAGAGCUUCAGCUGUUAUAUGGUACAACUUUUGCAUUUUCAGGUAUUCCAACCAUAAUUUUUUUGGAAACCUCACAACAAGUCCAUCAUGGCAAAGGCCAGGGUCAAAAAACAUCACUAAUCCACAAGAACUUGAUAAAGCUGAGGAUAAUAUGCAAAGUUUAAUAAGUGAAGCUACUUUGGAGACCAAUAAGAUGUAUGCAAUGGGGGAGUUCAAUUUGAGUAUUGAAAAGAGAUAUGGAUUGGUGCAGUGUAGUAGGGACCUUAAUGAAAAACAAUGUAAUCAAUGUUUGGAAGCUAUGUUGGACAAAGUUCCUAAAUGCUGUGGGACAAAGAUUGGUUGGCAGGUUCUUGCUCCAAGUUGUUUGAUGAAGUAUGAUGAUUUUAUGUUCUACCAACUUACUUCUGCAACUUCUGCUCCUUUGCCAAAUCCAGCCGGGGAAGGAGGUUCAAGUAAAUCAAAGACUUUGAUCAUCACUAUUGUCAUUGUGUUGGUGGUGGUACUUGCUCUCAUAAGUUGCUGUAUCUUCUUCAUAUGGAGGCGCAAUCGCUCAAAUAAAGGUAUUCACGUGUCUCACAUAUUAGUGUCUAUGUAUUUGUAUCGAUCCUCCAACAAAAGAUGUAUUUGUAUCGAUAUCAUGUCAGAUGGAAUACCAUCAAAGACAAUUCCCAUAUCUCAUCAUGGCCAUAUUCAAGGAGAGGAUACAUAUAAUGCAGACCUCCCAAUAAUCCCUUUAAUAUGGAUUCGACAAAGCACUAAUAACUUUUCAGAAUUAUGUAAACUAGGAGCAGGUGGUUUUGGUCCUGUUUACAAGGGUAAUUUAGUAGAUGGAACAGAAGUUGCAAUCAAAAGGCUCUCUACAACAUCUGGUCAAGGUUUGGAGGAGUUCACAAAUGAAGUAAUCUUUAUAGCUAAAUUACAACAUAGAAACCUUGUGAGACUUUUGGGUUGUUGCAUUGAGGAUAAUGAAAAGUUGCUUGUAUAUGAAUACAUGCCAAACUCUAGCCUUGACUUUCAUCUAUUUGAUGAGGCAAAAAGAAAACUUCUAGAUUGGAAGUUAAGACUGAACAUUAUCAAUGGAAUUGCAAAAGGACUCUUGUAUCUUCAUGAAGACUCUAGACUAAGAGUAAUCCAUAGAGACCUAAAAGCAAGUAAUGUUCUCUUAGAUCAAGAGAUGAAUCCAAAAAUAUCUGAUUUUGGAUUGGCAAGGGCAUUUGAAAAAGGUCAAAGUCAAGAAAAGACAAGAAGAGUUGUGGGCACAUAUGGUUACAUGGCUCCAGAAUACGCUAUGCAAGGGUUAUAUUCAGGAAAAUCAGAUGUUUUCAGCUAUGGAGUUCUUUUAUUAGAAAUAAUUUGUGGAAAAAAGAAUGGUGGAUUCUAUCUCGAAGAACAUGGUCAAAGUCUUCUUAUAUAUAGUUGGAAUCUUUGGUGUGAAGGAAAAAGUUUGGAACUGUUAGAUCCAAUACUGAAAAAUACAUGCACAACCAAUGAAGUUAUUAAAUGCAUACACAUUGGUUUGUUGUGUGUACAAGAAGAUGCAGUGGAUAGACCAACCAUGUCCAAUGUUGUUGUAAUGCUAGCAAGUGACACAAUGACACUUCCCAAUCCUAAUCAUCCAGCAUUUUCAGUUGGAAGAAAAGUAACUGAUGAUCAAUCAACAUCUAAAGCUUCCAAAGAUCCUUCUGUUAAUGAAGUUACAAUAUCAAAUGUUUUUCCUAGGUAGGGGAUAUAAGUAUAUCAUGGUAAAAGUUUUGGACAGAAAUUUCGUAUGAUCUAAGACUUUCACAUUACGAUUUUGUGUUAAAUUGAGAAUUCAAAAUUUCAACCGUUCGAUUUUGAUCAACGGCUUAGAUCACUAAUUACAUUGAGUGACUAUAGAGAAUCGUUUCAAAAAAAAAAACUUGAACAUAUGCAAAUUGUAGAAGCAAUUAUGUCAAACAUGUAGAUAUAAAUUCUAUUCAUAUUGUCAACUACAUAAUUUUGAUUUUAAAUUGUAUUAAGUUACAUUUUUUUA